GAGGAAAUCAUGCAGUUUGCAAUCUGGCUGCUUGGACUAACGUGUCAUCUGUCAGCACUUGUCCCGGGGAGUCUGCAGCACAAACUGCAUCCGAAACAAGAAGGCUUCAUCAAGCAGCUGUCAUCGUAUGAAAUCAUCACCCCGGUCCGUGUGAAUGACUUUGGAGAAUCCUUCCCUCACGCUCUGCACUACAGGAGGAGACGCAGGAGUUUACAUGACGAGCUGUCGGCGCUGCGCGUCCACUACCGGAUCGAUGCGUUCGGGGAGCUGUUUCACCUCAACCUGACGGCGGACUCCAGCUUCAUAGCCCCCGCGUACACCGUGACACACUUGGGAGCGGAGCAGCAGCAGCAGCAGCAGGGCAACGGGACGGACUUCUUCCAGGACCCGAGCGAUAUGCGCCACUGCUUCUUCCGCGGGCACGUCAACGCGCGGAGCGAGCAGCCCGCCGUGUUCAGCCUGUGCGCGGGGCUGAUCGGAACCUUUACAUCACGACAUGGAGAAUACUUCUUGGAGCCUCUUUUAAAUGCUGAUGGGGAGGAGUAUGAUGAACAACACAACAGACCGCAUCUUGUGUACCGACAAGAGAGGAAAAGGAACAUCUCGGCCACGGAUGAGCCCUGUUCUGCCUCAGAGCACUCCGAGAGGUCGUCUGAGAGCAGAGGGAACAUGGCUGAGGAGCUGGACUCUCUCAGAGCCUCAGUAGACGAGCAGCAACUUUACGAGAGCAACUCGAGCAGGAACCACACCACAUCUCCACGCAGACGCAAGCGCUUCCUGUCUUACCCUCGCUACGUUGAGCUAAUGGUGACGGCGGAUGCCAAAAUGGUGCGCCACCAUGGACACAAUCUGGAGCACUACAUCCUUACAAUCAUGUCAGUAGUAGCGGCAGUGUACAGGGACCCCAGCGUAGGAAACCUCAUCAACAUCAUGGUUGUCAAGCUGGUCGUCAUCCACAAUGAACAGGAAGGCCCCUCUGUGAGCUUCAACGCCGCCAGCACUCUGCACAACUUCUGCGUCUGGCAGCAGAGCCAAAACGUCCAGGACGACAACCAUCCCUCUCACCACGACACGGCGCUGCUCAUCACCAGAGAAGACAUUUGCCGUGCAAAAGAUAAAUGUGACACUUUAGGGCUUGCAGAGCUCGGGACCAUGUGCGAUCAGUACCGCAGCUGCUCCAUCAGUGAGGAAAAUGGAAUUAGUGCCUCCUUCACCAUCGCUCAUGAGCUGGGCCAUGUGUUCAACAUGCCUCACGAUGACAACCCAAAGUGCAAAGAAUUCGGCAUGAAGCACCAGUAUCAUGUCAUGGCUCCCACUCUCAACUAUGACACCAAUCCCUGGUCGUGGUCCAAGUGCAGCCGCAAAUACAUCACAGAGUUUCUCGACACUGGCUAUGGGGAAUGCCUCCUGGAUGAACCUGUAGGAAGAAUUUACGAGCUUCCCAGCCUCCUCCCUGGUCAAAUCUACAAUGCCAACAGACAGUGUGAACUUGUGUUUGGUCCUGGUUCCCAGAUUUGUCCUUUUUUGAAACAGUGCAAGAGGUUGUGGUGCACCAGUGCAGACAAGGAGGGCAAUAAAAGCUGUCGCACCCAGCACAUGCCGCUAGCCGAUGGGACUGAUUGUGGUCACGGGAUGUACUGCAGACAUGGAAUGUGUGUAAACAAGGAGUUCGACCAGCAGCCAGUGAACGGAGAGUGGGGUCCCUGGGGUCCGACCAGUGAUUGCUCCAGGUCCUGUGGUGGGGGAACGAGGAGCACCAUGAGAGACUGCAACGAGCCUGAGCCUAGAAAUGGCGGUAACUUUUGUGUGGGCCGCCGGAUGAAGUUCCGCUCUUGCAACACUGAGCCAUGCCCGCAAGGACAGAAAGAUUUCCGAGAAGAGCAGUGCUCUCAAUUUGAUAACAAGCACUUCAACAUCAACGGUCUACCUCCCUCCGUCCGCUGGGUCCCCAAGUACAGCGGCAUACUAAUGAAGGAUCGCUGUAAGCUGUUUUGCCGGGCUGCUGGAACUAUGGCGUACUAUCAGCUGAAGGACCGCGUCACCGACGGCACUCCUUGUGAUCCAGACACUUAUGACAUCUGUGUUCAAGGCCUUUGCAGGCAAGCAGGUUGUGAUCAUGUACUUAACUCGAAGGCAAAAAACGACAAGUGUGGCGUGUGCGGCGGGGACAAUUCGUCAUGUAAAACUCUUGCAGGGACCUUCAACGAUGCUCAGUAUGGUUACAACGUAGUGGUUCGGAUCCCAGCUGGAGCCACGGACAUUGAUAUCAAACAGGUCAGCUACUCUGGAAAACCAGAAGAUGACAACUACCUCGCAUUAUCUGAUAGCCAAUCCAACUUCCUCCUCAAUGGGAACUUUGUGGUCGCCAUGUUCAAAAGGGAAAUCCAAUUUAAGGGAUCUGUCAUCGAGUACAGCGGCUCGGACAACAAAGUGGAGCGCAUCAAUUGCACUGAACGUAUUGAGGACGAGCUUGUUCUACAAGUCCUGUGUGUGGGGAACCUCUACAACCCAGAUGUGCGCUACUCCUUCAACAUACCUAUUGAGGAAGACAGGGAGCAGUUUCUGUGGGACCCCACGGGCUCCUGGCUCGAGUGCAGCCGCAUCUGUCAGGGUGAGCGAAGACGCAAGAUCGCGUGCAUCCGUAAGAGCGACCACCUUGAAGUGUCGGCCCAGCGCUGCGAACAUCUACCUCGCCCCGUUGCUGUUGCUGAGCCCUGCAGCACUGACUGUGAAGUCAGGUGGCACGUUGCUGGAAAGAGCGAGUGUUCAGCUAAAUGCGGCCCCGGCUACCGCAGCUUGGACGUUCAGUGUGUGAAGUACAGCCUGGUGGAGAGGGAGAGUGAGAGGAUGGAGGCCGGCGCCUGCGCCGACAUCGCCAAACCCCAGACCAGAGAGCCAUGCCACGGAGACUGCCUGCUGAAGAGCUGGCAGUACAGCGCCUGGUCACAGUGCUCUAAAACAUGUGGACGCGGGAUCCGUAGCAGGGAGUCUUACUGCAUGAACAACCUUGGGCGGCGCCUGGUGGACAGCGAAUGCAGCGAGUACCAGAGGGUGGUUACCGAGACCUGCAACGACCAGCAGUGCCCCACGUGGACCGUCAGCGAGUGGAGCGAGUGUAUGGUGACAUGUGGAAAAGGGAUGAAGCACCGGCAAGUGUCCUGCAGCCUGGGAACCGGAGAGGAGAAUCUGAGUGAACAUUUCUGCGACUCUUCAGCUAAACCCCCCUCCGUUGGGAGCUGCGAGCUGCCCAAGUGCGCUUCAUGGCAGGUCGGCGUUUGGGGAGCGUGCACGGUGACCUGCGGCCAUGGCUACCAGAUGAGAGCUGUGGUGUGUGUGUCGGGGGACUAUGGCAACACGGUGGACGACAGGGAGUGCAACGCUGCGGCGAGGCCCAGGGACAGUCAGGACUGCGAGAUGCCAGCAUGUCCGUGGACCUCCGAAGCACAGAGCACCCCUCGUCCCGACACCUCUGGACAGCUGCAGACGCAGUGGAGAUACGGCUCCUGGACAGCGUGCUCGGUGACCUGUGGCAAGGGCAAGCAGGCGCGGUACGUGAGCUGCAGAGACGCCCAGGGAGGAGUAGCUGACGACUCCUACUGCGCCCACCUGCUCCGUCCUCCGGAGUUCUCCACCUGCUUCAGCCCGUGCGGCCAAUGGCACGCCAGAGAGUGGUCUGCUUGUUCGGUGACAUGUGAUGUGGGAAGAGCGACCAGACAAGUGGUCUGUUCUAACUACCACCAGCCGGUAGACGAGUCUUUCUGUGACAACGAUGAGAAGCCUGUAACAGAACAAGAGUGCACCGCUGCACCCUGCCCUUCUGUCUACAACCGCCAGCGGAUUUAUGAGCAGCCAUACGGAUUUCCUCAGGAUCCAGGGCUUCACCCGGGGCACAGUAGCUGGAACGUUCCCUCAGCGGACAAUCAGUGGAGGACCGGACCCUGGGGCGCAUGUUCCAGUACAUGUGCUGGAGGCUUUCAGAGGCGGGUGGUGGUCUGUCAGGAUGCUGAUGGGCGCAGCAACAGCUACUGUGACGAGAGGGUCAAGCCUCCUGAGUCUAAGAGCUGUGACUCGGGACCCUGUCCUCUGUGGAACUACGGAGUCUGGGGAGAGUGCACCCAGACCUGCGGUGGAGGGAGGAGGACUCGCUUGGUGGUUUGUCAAAGGCCCAACGGUCAAAGACUCAACGACUACAACUGUGACAUCCUGGACAAGCCGCCGGACAUAGAGCAGUGCAAUCCGCAGCCCUGCCCAGACUCGGCCUCCUGGCAGCGCCGCCCGUGGAAGCCGUGUUCAGUGAGCUGCGGUCCCGGCGUCAAGCAGCGGGAGAUCGCCUGUGUUUACCAGAACCAAACCAAAAUAGACGAGGCCCGCUGCAGCCAUCUGCCCCGGCCCCGGACACAGAAGGCCUGCCGGGCUCGCCGAUGCCCCGCUUGGAAAGCCAACAGGUGGCGAGAGUGUUCCGUCACUUGUGGCUCUGGAUUUCGAAACCGACAUGUUUACUGCCGACUGAAAGGUACAGGACGAGUCAGAGAGGAUCUCUGCGACGCUCACACGCGUCCCCCGAAUGUCCGUCCAUGCCACACGGCAGAAUGCACCCAUUGCACUUGGGCUGCUCAUGAAUGGGAAGACUGUAAUGCAACAUGUGGAGAAGGCAUGAAGAGCAGGAAGGUUGAAUGUAACGGCCCGGGAAUGACCCCUGCCCAGGAGGAGUACUGCGAGCCGUCGGUCAGACCUUCAUCCGUCCAGCCCUGUGAGGAAGCACCCUGUCGCUACAUGUGGAUAACGGGAGAAUGGUCUCAGUGCUCCACUAGCUGCAGUGUUGGCUACCAGCAGCGUAUCGUCUCCUGCUCCGUGACGUCCUCCUCUCCUGCUCGACACGUCUAUGCACAGUCCUCCGCUGCCAGCAAAAACUGUCCCGGGCCUCAUCCUCAGAGCAUCCGGCCUUGUACGCUCAGGGACUGCCCGCACACCACUUACUGGAAAGUUGGUCCGUGGAGCAAGUGUUCGCAGACCUGCGGCGCAGGAGUGAUAGAGCGCAGAGUGGAGUGUGUAACCUCCAAAGGCCAGCCGUCGAAACACUGCCAUCCGUCCGAAAGACCAGAGUCCCGAGCUGCAUGUCAAGACAGACAGUGUGAGUUGUUCACUUCUUGCCGCGAAGUCCAGUUGAGGCAAGGUGUGAGGAUGGAUGGUGAAUACUAUCUCAAAGUCAAGUCCCGGAUCCUCCAGAUCUACUGUGCUGAGAUGCAGACUGAUUUCCCCAAGGAGUAUGUGACACUGCGCAGCGGACAAACAGACAACUACUCUGAAAUCUAUGGAUACAGGCUGUUGAAUCCCUUUGAAUGCCCGUACAACGGCAGCCGUAGGCCGGACUGCAACUGCAGGAACGACUACUCAGCAGCAGGAUACACGCUGUUCCACAAAGUUCGCCUGGACUUGAGCUCCCUGAGGAUAAUGAUCACAGACCUCCAGUUCUCCCAGACUCUUCUCGGCCGACCCGUGCCCUUCGCUACAGCGGGAGACUGUUACAGCGCAGCCAAGUGUCCACAGGGUCAGUUUAGUAUUAAUCUGAUUGGUACUGGCCUCAAAGUGGCCGAGGCCACCAAGUGGACGGCUCAGGGCAACUACGUUUCUAUCAAAGUCCACAGGUCUGAGGACGGAACGAGAAUCUACGGUCGCUGCGGCGGUUUCUGUGGGAAGUGCAUUCCCCAGGCUCACAAUGGCCUGCUCCUUCAAGUCCACUGAGAGAGAGCGGAGCCAAGAGUAAACCUGUAAAUCUAUCCCGAGGACAGAAGCCUGGGAGUGAUUUGCUGAAUCUCUUUUUCAGUCGCAUGUUUGGUGGAGGAGCAUCCAACGUCAGUGACGUCACCUGUUCACAAAUGGCAGCUAAUGUAUACAAAACAUCACACACUGCAGCGCUACGAGGCCGCCGUCAUUUAUUCAAACUGAUAAUUGAAGAGGAGUCUGGUUUUGCAGUGGUUGUUUGCAUUUUGGAAGAUAAAAUAUAUAUAACGGAAGAAACAAGACUUCAGCCGGAGAUGAAGCAAGAACACAGAAUAAUGGAUCCUCUCAUUUUAAGAGAACCAUGUUCAUUGGUGCUACUCAUGCUACUGCAAUCAGUGAGACAAUAAAGGAUAGUUUUGUUAUAUUAUCACUUUGAGAGAUUCAAAAAGAUUGCUAGUCGCAUGCUUUCCGAAGAUUUGAGAGAAUUCUCAAUAUCCUUAUCUAACACUCUGCAAGAAAGAAAGUGUAUUUCUCAAGAUGUCAAACUAAAUGUUGGCUCAAGACUUGCAAAGGCUAAGCAGCUAAGUACUAGUAUCCUUCCAGACCUGCCUCAUGUCAGAGGUCAAACUUUAGGAGAACCUUGAAGGCUUUUAAUAUAACAGUAGAUCAUGUUUGUUUUCAUUGUGUGCAUUCCUACAGUCUGUCUGCUGUCACGUAUUAAACACUACUGAACAAACACCUACUGAAACCCUGAUAGAAAGUGACGCUGACAUACUGCCCGGAUAAACACGAGCUUCAAGGAAAUAGGUGAAUGUUACCCAGUGUUAAAGUAAAGCAUAAAGUAUUCGUUAUGCUUUUAUCCUUCGGUUGGUUCUGUUGGUGUCGUUCUUUAAAGCCAAAGUGAAGCAAAAGUAAAUGUGUGCGUUGAGUCUGUUACAUCACAGAAACAUGUGCCGUUAGCCUUUUAGCCAAACACAAAUGGUAAACGGUUGUCAAGUGUAUAAAGCUAA